AUGACCCCUUCGACGGCCAGAUCCUCCUCGACGGCCACGACAUCCGCACACUCCGCCUCCCUGACCUCCGCGACGCCGUCUGUCCUCUUCCAGGACUACACCUACUUUCCUCUGUCGAUCCGCGACAACAUCGCGCUGGGCGACCCGGAGUAUUUCCAUAACGAGGCGCACGUCAAUAUGGCAGCGUGGCUCGGUGGCACGUCUGAGUCCAUUGCGGAGCUCUCAGAAGAGUAUGGUACAUACCUCGACAAGCUCGUGCGGGACUAUUUCUCAAGCAUGCCGGAGGGUACAAAGGACGCUGUUUGGGAAAAUGGACUUUUCUGCGGUGCGAUGGGCAGGGGCAUGGGGAGCCACGCGAAGGGGCCUGGAAUGAGCAGAGGGCAGAUGCACGGGCUGGCGCAGCGUGUCCGUCCUGUGCAUGAUGGCGUGGGGGGAAGGGUACCUUCUCUGCGUUUAGAUACAUCCAUGAAAGCGACGUUCAAUUAG